AUGAUGAUGAAAGGAUAUGGGCGAGAGAUUUUGAGUGUAUGGAAGCAGCUCGAUGAGUGUGACCCUAAAGCAAAGCGGUUUCCACUGACUGCUGGACGAGACUGUGCUGGAGUAGUGGAACUUGUUGGUGGAGGAGUGAAGCAUUUGCGGCCUGGUGAUGAGGUCAUGGCAGUAGUGCCAGGUAUUAUGCAAGGAAGCCAUGCCGAGUACGUUGUAACGGAAGAAUCAUGUUGCUCCAAAAAACCUUCCAAUCUUGAUUUCGCAGAGGCUGCUGCAAUGCCCUAUGUGACGAGCACUGCGUAUGCAGCUUUUGUAUUUUUUGCAAGAAUGAAUCCGGACAAAAAACCAUCCGAAAGAGUUCUCAUUCAUGGUGCUUCCGGAGGUGUUGGUACCAUGGCAAUACAAUUGCUGAAAGCUUGGGGCGUCGACAAAGUCGUCGCUACAUGCUCGGAAGAAAGUGCUGAUACUGUGCGCGAACUCGGUGCAAUCACUGUUGACUAUCGGGCACCUGAUGCUCGUGAUCGGAUUAUAGAAGAAGGACCAUUCGAAGUGAUUCUGGAUUGCGUCGAUUCAGAUCUGGCAAGAUCAAUCUCACUGCAGGUACUCGGCGUAUGGCGGAAUUGCGUUCACGUUAGUAUAGUUAGCCCUAUGUUGCGAGACACCGAUCGGCAUGGAUUUGUACAAGGCAUGAUUUCCACCGCAAUCAAGUAUAUGUCGCGAAGCACUGAAAGUGCUUUGCGUGGGCGAUGGUUCACUUAUGCUUUCUUUAUACCCAGUGAGAAGUGCAUGAAGCAGCUAUCAAAGUUUGCAUCUGAAGGAAAGAUAAAACCAAUAAUUGAACAAGUACGACCGUUUGGAGAAUUGCCAGCUGCGUAUGAGAAAGUUCUAAAAUUGCAUGGCAAAGGGAAGUUGGUUUUAGAAUGGUAA